CGGCAUUCAUUGGCUGAUUGAAUGACUUAGUGUAAACGUCAUUACGUUUUCUUGCGUAGCUGCUUCCUGAAGCCCAACAGCAAAAUAGACGAUGUUGGUCCUGGUGUUAGGUGACCUGCACAUCCCCCACCGAUGCAACACCCUACCAGCCAAGUUUAAGAAGCUGUUGGUGCCUGGCAAGAUCCAGCACAUCCUCUGUACAGGAAACCUCUGCACCAAGGAGAGCUAUGACUACCUGAAGACACUGGCCGGGGACGUACACAUUGUCAGGGGAGACUUUGAUGAGAACCUGAACUACCCGGAGCAGAAGGUGGUGACAGUAGGUCAGUUUAAGAUCGGCCUGAUCCAUGGGCACCAGGUGAUCCCCUGGGGGGACAUGGCAAGCCUGGCCCUGCUGCAGAGGCAGCUCGACGUCGACAUCCUCAUCUCUGGACACACGCACAAGUUCGAGGCCUUCGAAAACGAGAACAAGUUCUACAUCAACCCCGGCUCAGCAACUGGAGCCUACAACGCACUGGAAAGCAACAUCAUCCCGUCCUUUGUAUUGAUGGACAUCCAAGCAUCCACAGUGGUGACGUACGUAUACCAGCUCAUAGGAGAUGACGUCAAAGUGGAGAGGAUUGAGUACAAGAAAUCCUAAACCCAGGGCUGAAAAGGGAGGGGUGAGGCAAGGGGUGCUGUCGUUCAGUGUAUCGUUUCAUUCCUUUCUACCUGCAGCUCCAACUACAUAACCACAAAAAUGCUCUACCAUAACUGUUUGCUAACUUAACUCUAUAAAGAAAUGUAUAAUAUCUUUUAUGUCAUCCCCAUUGGCAUGUGUUCCACCCACCAUGUGGUGUCUGUAAAAUUUUUAAAAUAAAAAAAUGCAAUUGUCA